UUGUGCAGCUGUUAAAAUGAAGUAUGUCGACCAUGACCAAUGGACACAUCUGCUGCCUACUGUUCCAGAUGUAAGGAUGCAGGUUCGGGACCGGCGUCAUUGUAUACGUCAGCAUGCUGCCAAAGGACUGUUUGUUGACAUACAGCAACGAAUUCUCAGUGGGGGUACGAUGGAACGCAUCUUUGACACAUACGUCGUAUGUUACCCUUCCGGCUACCGCCAGAACGCCAAGCCUGUCCAUGACCCAGCACCCAAGUCUGUGGCUGAGAAGAAAUCUCUGCACAUCAAAAAGCUAAGUGGUGCUGGUUCACGUCAUGUGGGUCGUAGACCUCUGGUUGUAGUUGACAGGGUCAGAGAAGUUGUAGAACAGGAAGAUGUUAGGGACAAGGUAGUAAGGAGGAGAAAGAUGGGACACAUACACACCAGUGUUACACAGACAGAACAGAAGCAGGAGUUGCCUACUGAGAGAGUACUGAAACAGGAGUUGGCUAGUCAACUAGUACAGAAACAGAAGUUUGGUACAGAUGAAGGAAGUGUUGUGCAUGACACAAGUGGGGGAGAUUCAGACCAUAACAAGACAGUGUGCUUACAGACAGUAGCUCAUGCUGAUAUUGAAAACAAACAAAAAGAAAUAAACAGCAGACCAGCCGCAGUACUUGCCAUAAAAAAGGCCAAGAACCACAUAAGAGGAGGUGUAGGUGGAGGCAACUCAAUAUUUGAGACGGCAAUUAGCAUAGCAGAGCAGCAUGGUAUCCAACUUAGAAGUGGCUAUCCAAACAAGGCCAAUGGUAAUUGCUUGUAUGAAUCUAUUAUUGAUAACAUAAAUGCAAGACAAUGUUUUGCAGAACAUUUGCCAGAAAGGCCUGAGCACUAUAGAAAGGUCUGGAAUACUAUAGGUGAACAGAAAAUUAAGGCAUCUCCAUACUAUCCAAGCAUAUAUACAGAACAGCAGUGGAGAGAAGCAUGGCAAACUUUGCAAACAACUAACCAAUAUGACCUUGACUAUUUUGGUGAUAUGGCUAUCCUUAGUUGUGCUCAUACUACUAAGAAAGAUAUCCUUGUUUUCAACACACCUUGGAAAACAACAACUGCUCAACCUCAUAGUCCAAUAUAUGUAAUAUCUGCAGAUGCAAUAGAUCCAGCAAAUGCAAGAGAUACUGAUGUUCCAUUGGUGUUGGCAUACAAUGGCCAUCAUUUUGAAAGCCUCAUUCCUGUUUCUCAUGUUGAUGUUAACAAAACAAUUGUUUUGGUGGAUGCGUAUAAGACUGGCACGUAUACGACUCCUAGGUCUUUAGCACAAAUGUUUCAGCUCAUUGGACAUGAUUUACACAACACAGAAACAGAUUCUCCCACAACAAAAAAAACCAUAUGUACACAGGCCACAGAAAAUCAGAAAAGAACAAAGCUUGCACCUACAACCACUAAUGUGCAGAUUCAAAAUUAUGCUGCAAAAUCCCAUAAUUGUGAUGAAGGCAAUAAUACCAGCGAUACCAUAGCCAUAACUUUGCCAGAUGUAUGCAACAGCUGUCAAAAGCCAUUUCAAACGCUGCUGGUACAUUUGCGCAGAUCAAAACAAUGUCAAUUACAUUACAACUUCCAUCAAGAAGUUAUUGUGAAACACGCAGACCAACAAUCUCUACGGCAAGGUCCCAAACGUCAAAAACUGCAAAAACAUUACCAAACUGAGGUCAAUGUAGGCCUAAACCAUCCUGAACAACAACCUCUACCAUGUCAGAAAGCGAAAGAGGCCACUCCAAUUGAAGCCAGUGCAAUAAAGAUGAAAGUUACAAGGAAGAGACAGUUGCAGGUGCAACGGAAGGUCAUCACAGAAAAAUCCGCCUAG